UCGUCGUGGGUGUGGCAAAUCUUCUCUGACUUAUUCAUCACACACUCUGUGCCUGCUUCUACCUCACCAAACAUACAAUACCUGAAAGAAAGAAAAAAAGUUCACUCUUUCUUCUUCAUUUUCAUCAAGUCACUCUCUUUUUUCUUCUUCAGCUGUCUUUUUCCGUUGGGAUAUUGGGUUUGGUUCCCGAGAAAACGAGCAAGAGAGAAUUGGGCAUUUCUGUAUUAGUGUCACUGCAUAAUUCCUGUGACUUUUUGGUUCUGUGUUACAUACUCAUGGAGCCUUGGAGUUUCGGUUCAGAAGGGAAAGGGUUUUUACUUGCUGAUGAGAUGGAUAUACCAAUUGAUGCAUUUGCAAGGAGUACAAAAGCAUUCCUAGAAUGGGAUAACAAAACUUGCUUUAAUUUCGAUAAAGAAUCAGUUGAGAACAUGGAGUUCAUGGAUUUGGGAUUGCCUGAUACAGUGAGGGAGCCUUGUCAUGGUAACCAAGUAGUGGAUGUCUUGAGUGGUGUCGCUGGUGUGGGCUGUAAUGAUUCUAGUAACAAUACCGUAGCUUCUCCUACUUGUUUGAUGACUUCAAGUUCAUCUUGGGGUGAAGGAGAAUCUGGCUCCAAAUUUUCGAGUCCAGUCUAUGAGUCUAGUAGCCAGGAUUCAUCACUUAUUGCUUUGAAGCUAGGGAGGUUGGCUGAUAGCAAAUAUGGACAGGAUAGUCAACAUCUGAAAGAGAGGUCAAAGAGAGCUCGCACAAAGGGUCCACACUAUCAGACUCUCACCUGCCAAGUUCAUGGUUGUAACAUGGAUCUUAGCUCUUCAAAGGAGUACCAUAAGAGGCAUAGAGUUUGUGAUGCUCACUCAAAGACUGCAAUAGUUAUCGUUAAUGGCAUUGAACAGAGGUUUUGUCAACAAUGUAGCAGGUUUCAUCUGCUGGCUGAAUUCGAUGAUGUUAAGCGCAGUUGUCGUAGACGCUUAGCUGGCCACAAUCAACGCCGCAGGAAGCCUCAACUAGAUACUUUUGAUUGUAAAUCGCGUAAGUGGCUUCAGUCAUAUCAAGGCAUUGGAUAUCUUGGAACUUCCUUGCCAAAGAGAACACCGUUUGUCUUUUCAGAUAUACUUCCAGGUGGCAUUCUAUAUCCAGAAGAAUCUAACGAGUAUGGACAUAUUAAAACUGAAGAUGAAUCAACUUACAGUCAAUGUGUGACACCCAUAACAAACAGGCCAUUACCUCCAAACUCUUUCCUCCAACUGCAUGGCCUCGGGAAGCAACAUGCUUCAGAAGUUCCUUCGUCAGGAAGUGAAUUCUCAGUUUUUGAUAGUGCAUCACAUGUCCAGAAAGCAUCUGGGGCGUCAACCUACCAGGGUGCUCUCUCUCUUCUGUCAGCUCAAUCACAGAGCUCAAUCCAUUCAGCAAGAAAUCAAGUGGCUACCCCUCUGCAAAUACAGAGAACCCAUCAUGGUGCUGGUCAAAUUAAUGAACGGCCUUCCACAGUAAAACCCUUGGAAAAAUAUGGACGAAACAGGUCCUUCCCAUGCAGGAUAAACUCCAUGGGAACUGACCAGAUGGACUCAGUAAUGAUUUCUGAUUCUAGUCAUGCUGUUGACUUCCAACUUCACACAGAUAGGGUUUUCCAGGAGUCAGCUCGCUUCAGUCACAAGUAUCAUCUUUCUCCUGAAAAUGGACCAACUUUUGAUUUGCUCCAAUUGUCUUCACAUUUUCAAAGAGUGGAGCAAGAGAGAAACUUUUUGCAAAUCAAACAUGAGCAGGGGGAUUUCUACUGUUUCCCGCAAUCUUAAGUAUCAUUCAAGUGACAAUCUUGUUGGAGGCAGUUUGGAUUGGCUUCAUCAGGGAAAGUCCAACUACAUUGGUGCAUUUCAGAGGCUGGUAGAAAACUUUUCUUUUCCGUAGAAGUAAAUAACGAAAAAGCCGUGUAGAGUUCUUUAAGCUUUAUAUUAUAAGUUGCAUUAGACACCUCUGUUCUAUUUAUCUGCUUACAUUAUGCUCAUUCAAGGAUUACACAGUUGAAUUGGGGUUGUUAUCAAACUGCUCAUGCUUUUUUGCAUAGAUAAUGUUGAAGGCACAAACCAUCAUGAAAAACAAAAGGAAUGGAUCCACCAAAAGUAGUGUGAUGAUUCCAUAA